ACUUUGGUUGCGGGUGCCUCUAAACACUGCCCUUGGUGGGAGGUGAUAUGCUAACAGGCUAACAGUGAGAUAUUUGAAGUAAAUAGUAAAUAUAAGAGGGAAAUGGGGUUCCUUCCUGAUGAAGCGAAGGUUCUCGAACCUCCUGGAAUUAUGAACAGAAACUCAGUAUGGCUCGGACUGUCCGGCUGGAUGACCGCUAUGCUUCAUAACUGCUUCAACCGGAGACCUGCCAUCAAAGCUGGUGUUCACCGGCAAGCAUUGUUCAUAACUGUUGGCUGGUUCCUUGGCUACCACUUAUCAAAGAUAGAGAACUACACGUACGCCAGGCUGGACAAAGACAUGAAUGAAUAUGUUCGACUGCACCCAGCAGAGUUCCCAGAAAAAGAUAAGAAGACAUUUGCAGAGAUUGUGGAGCCAUUUCAUCCUAUUCGCUGAUUGUCGGUUACAAAUGUGUUGCAGUGUAUAUAUGAAAAACUGUUGUGGAAGUCUGCACAGGACUCUUCAUCACUCUAUCGAUGUGUUGAUAUAGUGGAUGACAUGAUUUAUUAAACAUUUAGUUUCCAAUAUUUGAAUAAACAUCUUUAAAAAGCAAAAA